AUGUCGCCUCUCUUUGCUGGCGCUACCUGUCAGCCUCAGAACGGCGCGCUUGGCGAGCAGUGUACCCUCGGCGGAUUUCCCGAAUACUCGGUCAACGUCACUUCUGUGGCCCAGAUUCAGCUGGCCGUCAACUUUGCGCGCAUGAGGAACAUUCGACUCGUCGUUCGCAACACUGGUCAUGAUGUUCUUGGCAGGAACACGGGCAAGGGUGCCCUCUCUCUGUGGACACACCAUCUCGACGACAGUGAGGUGAUGGAUGCGUACGAUUCUGCCAAUGGCAGCUACACGGGACCUGCAUUCAAGAUGGGCGCUGGUGUCCUCGCGCACGAGAUGCACGAGGCCGCUGAGAAGCACGGCUACACUGCCGUUCGCGGUGGUCUUUCUCCCGUCUCCUCGCUGUAUGGCAUGGCUGCCGACCAGGUCCUCAGUGUCGACAUAAUAACACCCGAGGACCAUUUCUUUACCGCCGACGAUACGCAAAGCAUCAAUCUCUUCUGGGCUAUCCGUGGAGGAGGCGCGGCUACUUGGGGCGUUGCCACGUCCAUGACCGUCCGCGUCCACGAGAAGAUCGCCGUCGGUGGCUACGCCUGGAGGGGCAAGCCCUUUAUGAUCCCCGGCAUGGCGCUGCGUGAUUUCAAAAAGCUGGUCCAGCCUCUGCUAGACGAGUGGGAGGCCCUCAGUGUUGACCCCAAGCUCGAAUUCUUCGAUGAAGACAACCUCUACUCUGCCUGGAAGAAGCACUUCCCUACCGUGCCCGUCGGUGGUACCACUGCACGCACCGCCAACCGCCUGCUGCCCAGGAAGAACUGGGUAGAUGGUGAGCUUCUCAAGAAGACAAUCAAGACCGUCCGGAGCGUCGUCGAGGACGGCGCGUUCCUGGUGCACUACAACAUCAACGGCCCCAAGCCCGAGGGCGCCUCCGAGAACGUCGUCAAUCCUGCCUGGCGCGACACCAUGAUGUUCAACAUCAUCGGUGUCGUGUGGGAUGCCGACGCGACCGAGGAGGAGAUUGCCACGGGCAACGAGAAGCUCACGGGCGAUCUGUCUCAGCGUCUCAAGGACAUCAGCCCCGGUGCAGGUGCCUACAACAAUGAAGGCGACUUGAUGGAUCUCGAAUGGCAAGUGUCCUUUUACAGUCAGAAAUACGACCGGCUUUUGGCGAUCAAGAAAAAUAUCGACCCCAGGGAUCUCUUUUGGGCGCCCACGGCCGUUGGGAGCGAGGGCUGGGCCAUUGGGAACCAGGAGAAUGUCCCCUUUAUCUCACAGGACGGUCGUCUGUGCCGCGUGAGCGUAUAG